CCAUAUAAUGUUCUAGUUUGAGUUGUACUGAUAAAGGAUCCAAAUUUACAGUUUCUCCUUAGCUGUGUAGCAAAGUAUUAAGGAAGGGGUCAUCAUAAUUUGAGGCCAAAUGAUAGUAAGAGAGUCCAAGUGAUACCAGAAUUUUGUCUUGGUCUUGGUGAUUUGAAGAAUGAAUCCAUGGACCACCGAUCACUGGUAAGACAGGAUUUAUUUUACAGAAAAGAAUGCAAAAACACCAAAGCUCCUGGCAGAGAGAAACAACCCAAGUUGGGGGUGGGGGGGCUCGCUGUCUCUCUCUCUCUCUUUCGUUCUUUGUCUAGGGGUAUAUAUAGUCACAUGGAUCCUCUGUAGUUACAUUAGGCCAGGACUUGCAUUAAUGAGUCAUUAAUGCACUCAUUCAUCUGUGGCAAGAUGGAUGGAUACAGUCCCUUCUGCUGUAACAAGGUAAAUGAAUGCAUUAAUGAAUAGAUACAGUCCAGUCACAGAAUUGGCCAGGCCUAGGAAACUUACAUGAAAUUGGCCUAGACUUAGGAAAUUGGGGGGAGGGGGUUUCCCUGUUCAGCUACAAGUGCAAGGGAAGGAGAUACUAAGGUGUUGGUGUAUCCCCAGCAGUCUGGCCCCUCUGGCUACUGGAGCCUUCUGCCUCCCCUCACCCUCCACCCCCAACUGGUUCCUCUGCAGCUGCCACCACACCAACACAGCCAGGGUAGAGGCAGCACGUCUCCCCUCAGCUCCACUGGAGCCGGCUGGGGAGCCACUUGACCUGUAUCACAAGGACAAAAUGAACUCUCAAAAAACAGGGCUGCCAUAAUCUAUCCACUCUAAUGAACAGCAGUCUCCUCCAACUAUCAACUCUAGAGGUUCUGGGGUUAUUCAAUUAGAGUACACAUAUUUCAAUCACAUGAGGACUUUCUCAAGCUACAAACUGAAAAUACAUGUUAGCAGAGAAAGCAUAAAAAUUCUGAGUAGUAGUGAAAAAAAUGAAAAUAUAAAACUCGCAACAAUAAUUUUUCAAUUAAGUAAUGCUGAACUGUGUAUAAUUGAUAAAGGGUUCAGGUUGACAAUCCUUACACAAGAAAUUUCUCACUUCUCUUAUUUAUUCAUCAUCUUCUGAAAACCAAUUUCCAGGCAGUAGUCAAUCUUAGUUGAUAGGACACAACAUAUGAUCAUGAAACUUAAACAUCAAAGAUAGUCUUCAAAGACUAAAUGAGCAAAGAACACCCUGAUUUGAUGUAACGAGAAAAGCUUUAUAGCAAUGGGAUUUUUUUUUUCUUUUUUGAGACAGUCUUGCUUUGUUGCCCUGGAUAGAGUGCAAUGGCAUCAUUAUAACUCACUGCAGCCUCAAACUCAAGUGAUAGCUGGGACUAUAGACUGAUAUCACCAUCUGGAGUCUUGCUCUAGCUCAGGGUGGUCUCGAGCUCCUGUCUCAAGCAACCCUUCUGCCUCAGCCUCCCAGUUUUAGGUUUAUAGGUGUGAGCCACCAUGCCUGGCCAGAGAUGGGACUUUGAGCUAAGAAGUGAAAAAUGAAUAGGAUUUGGAAAAAUAUGAUAGAGAAUUUCUGAUGUAGUUUAUCCAGAUCUAAACUGAAAGGCUAGAAUACAAAAAAGAAAGAGCUGGGUCAUUGGGUGCCGUGAAACUGAAGCUUUUUCUCACCAUGCUGUAAAAUUCUGUGAUUAACCACAGCUUUGAAUUCUUCAACUGCUCUUUGUCCUUAAUUUUCAGAAUUUCUCCUUUGAUUGGGAUAGAGUAGAUUACAGGAAUAUAUACGAAGGCCCUCUAAUAGUUUCUGAAUGAUUUAUGUCCAUGGAAAUAACCUCAGAGAUAAACAUUUAGAAUUUUCCAACCCAUAUUCUCAUUUCUGUAACAGGAAACUGAAAAAUUGGAAUUGGCAUACACAUUAAACCAAAUGAAUAAACUUUUUUUCUCAGCCUAAUGUACGCUGGUAUGUUAAUGACCACAGAAAGUCUACAGCAACAGAAAGUAUUUUAUUAUAAGGAUUUGGCAAAUUCCCAACAACUCUGGGCAUGUUCAAGUUAUACUACUCAUUUGUUCUGAGUACAUUUUCACUUAAUCUGAUGAAAUAAGCAGCUUAUCUCAUUCCCUAGAACUUUCAGGGCUCUAGUGUCCUCCUCUAUUUAGGGUCUGCCUUGUCUUCCUCUUCAUAGUUUUUGACUUUCCAAAGGCAUUAUCCAUCUGCUCAAACAGAUAAUGAAGUCCGGACAUUAUAAAACAAAACUUUUUUUUUUUUGGCAGAGACAGAAUCUCAUAUUUAUUGCCCUCAGUAGAGUACUGUGGCAUCACACUGCUCACAGCAACCUCCAACUCCUAGGCUUAGGCGAUUCUCUUGCCUCAGCCUCCCGAAUAGCUGGGACUACAGGUGCCCCCCACAACGCCUGGCUAUUUUUUUUGUUGCAGUUUGGCUGGGGCUGGGUUUGAACUCGCCACCCUCGGCAUAUGGGGCCGGCCCUACCCACUAAGACAAAGGCGCCGCCCAUAAAAUAAAACUUUUAACAAAAAGCAUUAUGUUUACACAUUUGGGACCUUUUGUAUGGCAAUGUUUUCCUCGGAAAAAUUCACAGAAAUUCUUUAAGUAUAAGUGGUUUCAUCUAUUAAUAUUUUCCACAGUCUGACAAAGAUAGCCUCUAAGUGAGAUGAAGCACGCGCAGUAAUAUUUAACCACCAGGUCAUCGUCACUCAGUCACUAAGACAAAUAACUAAGGCAUCACAGGGUUCAUUUUCACCAGAAGUAUCGAGUAACAACUCCCAGAUUCAAUGCCCCCACGUAGCCCACAUCUGACGUGCCGUACUUUCGGGGCUGAGGUACUGGCCAAACGAGCCUGGGCAGUGUGGUCCCGCGGAAUAUUCUCACAUGGUCUUAGCUGCCCAGGCGGUGGGUUGCCUCGAACUGCGGCCUGCUCCCUGACCGCAACGCUUCUGCCAAGUAGGCUGCGCAGCUCGGUGCAGCCCAUGAGUCCCACCCCAUUCAGCCCUGGCCGCUGUCCCAACUCCCGCAGUUCAGCAAGGAGGCGGGGGAGAGAGCCCAGCCGAUGUCACAGACCCCAGCUGCAAGCCAAGGGAAUCUGUCUUCUUCUCGGGUCCCGGGCAGACUCAGCAAACACGCCGACUACGACGUACCCAAGGUCCGAGCCUUCUCACGUCCUUACCUUCGCUCCCCAGGCACAUUCCCCAUUCAAAUGGCGGCUCUUCGGUCCUCUCGCGAGAGAGCGCCUGUGGCACCUCCUUCCUCUCAGCUCUCUUUCUUUCCCCGCCCCCAGAGCGAUUGCGCGGCUUCCUCCCGAGGGUGGGAACCUUGGAUGUGGCGGGGUUGAGCCAGCCUGAGUGCUGGGUCUGGGGUGGGGGUGGGCUCGCUUUCCAACACGUCGCUGCCAAGUCCCGGCCACCCCGCACCUUCCCAGUUCUCCGCCUCAGUUUGGGGCGGGGUGGGGAGAAUGUCUUCGGAGAUGGAGUCGUCGCUCGAGGCAAGCUUCUCCUCCAGCGGUGCGGUGUCGGGGACAUCAGGGGCUCUGCCUCCGGCCCGCUCCCGCAUCUUCAAGAUAAUCGUGAUCGGUGACUCCAAUGUGGGCAAGACGUGCCUCACCUACCGCUUCUGCGCUGGCCGCUUCCCCGACCGCACCGAGGCCACUAUUGGGGUGGAUUUCCGAGAACGAGCAGUGGAGAUCGAUGGGGAGCGCAUCAAGAUCCAGUUAUGGGACACAGCAGGACAAGAACGAUUCAGAAAGAGCAUGGUACAGCACUACUACAGAAAUGUACAUGCUGUGGUCUUCGUGUAUGAUAUGACCAACAUGGCUAGUUUUCACAGCCUGCCAUCUUGGAUAGAGGAAUGCAAGCAACAUUUGCUAGCCAGUGAUAUACCACGGAUUUUAGUUGGAAAUAAAUGUGACUUGAGAAGUGCCAUUCAGGUACCCACAGACUUGGCACAGAAAUUUGCCGACACACACAGUAUGCCUUUGUUUGAAACUUCUGCUAAAAACCCCAAUGAUAAUGACCAUGUGGAAGCUAUAUUUAUGACAUUGGCUCAUAAGCUUAAGAGUCACAAACCAUUAAUGCUUAGUCAGCCCCCUGAUAAUGGAAUUACUCUGAAGCCUGAACCAAAGCCUACAAUGACGUGCUGGUGCUAAGUAACAGUCUUUAUUAUACUAUCUAAUUUUGACUAAAGAAAUACUUUUGAAGUAUGACCGUGGUAAAUCAUAGAUUUAACUCAACCAUUAUGGAUCGUUCUGACACUUUACCAUUUAUCAUUGUUGUGCUUACUUUUGCAUUUUGUAUCUCCUUAAUCAAGUUUGUUACUGUGCCAACACAAGGAAAUUUUUGGUUUUCAGGUGAGAUUAUAAAUGAAGCAGAUAGAUGAAUCAGAAUAACUUUCAAUAGAGGGCCCAAUGAAGAAGGCUUCAGAUGAGAGAGUAUGAUGAGAUUUUAAGAAUCAAUAAUUGAUCAGUUCCAUGUUCCUGGAAUUGAAAAAAAUAUCAAGGGUUUAGUACACAUUUUUGAAUGUCCUUUGAAUGGGAAGUGUUCCCAAUAGGGUAAAAACUGGUAUUUGCCUCUUCCCCAGAGUUUUUUGUGUUUUUUUUUUUUUUUGUUGUUGUUGUUGUUAUUAUUGUUAGUUUUUUGAGACAGUCUCACUCUCUUGCCCCAGGCUAGACUGCUGUGGCAUCGUAACUCACAGCAACCUCAAACACCUGGGCUCAAGCGAUUCUCUUGCCUCAGCCUCCUGAGUAGGUGGAAUUGCAGGCGCCUGCCAUGUCCAGCUAGUUUUUCUAUUUUUAGUAGAGAUAGGGGUCUCACUCUUUGCUCAUGUUGGUUUCCAACUCCUGAGCUCAAGCAAUCAGCCUCAGCCUUCCGCAAUGCUAGGAUUACAGGCAUGAGCCACCAUGCCUGGCCAGUUCUUUCAUUUUGGGGGGGAGGGGAUUGUUUCAUUUUUGAGAUAGGGUCUCACUGUUUUGCCUAGACUGACCUCAAACCCCUGAGCUCAAGCAAUCCUCUUGCCUCAGCCUUUUGAGUAGCUGGGACUACUGUCAUGCACCACCGUGCCCAGACUUUCUUUGUUUUAUUAUAUUUAAUGGUGUUAUUAUUGGUACAUUGUUAGAGCCAAGACUUUAGUUCCUGUGGGAUAAGAAGGCAUAGAAUGUUUUCUGGUUCUUAGUCCAUAUGGAUGAAUUUCCAACAGUUCCAGAUGCUUGAUAUUUCUUUUUAACUUUUUCUGAGACAGGAGUCUUGCUGUGUUGCCCAGGAUGGUCUCAAACUUUUGGGCUUAAGUGAACCUCCUGCCUUAGCCUCCCAAGUACAUGGGGUUACAGGUCCAUACCACCAUGCCCAGCAUGUUAUUUCUAGUUAAUAUCAACCAGGUCUACAAAAAUCAUUGUUAUUUUUAAAAGGAUAAUUUGAAUUGUUUCCUUACUGAGUUCUAUUAAAAUAUGCAAAAAUAAGUCAAAUUUUAAGGCAAAUGAAGUGACAUAAUAAGGUGCUUUAUAUUUUAUUUUGAUAUCUUUAAACAGUGAGAAACUACUUGAAAGCAUUUGAGUUGUAACUUAGGAGAAAAUAGGUAAACAUUGUUCCUUGCUACCACAGGAUUCUUAUUCUUAGCUCUUAGUAAUUUCAAACUGUGUAUCUGGCAUGAUAUCUUUUGCUCUCUCCUCUCCCCCAAUCAGUUUAAUGACUAAACGCUGAGUUAACAAAUUAACUUCCAUUUGGAUUAUAUCUUUGAGGGUAUAACUCUAAUUGCUGUGAGUCUACAUGUAUUGCUGUAAUAGUAUUUUGUUAUGUCAAUUUUUUUUUUUUUUUUUUUGUAGAGACAGAGUCUCACUGUACUGCCCUCGGGUAGAGUGCCGUGGCACUCACAUGGCUCACAGCAACCUCUAACUCUUGGGCUUACGCGAUUCUCUUGCCUCAGCCUCCCGAGCAGCUGGGACUACAGGCGCCCGCCACAACAUCCGGCUAUUUUUUUGUUGCAGUUUGGCCGGGGCUGGGCUUGAACCCGCCACCCUCAGCAUAUGGGGCUGGCACCCUACUCACUGAGCCACAGGCGCCGCCCAUGUCAAUUUUUUAUAUGUUUAAAUUUUAUGGUCACGACCAGCUAUUCCUCUUCGGUAUGAAAAAUAAACUAGAUAUUGAAAAAUAUCUUAUCCCAUCCUUCAGUGAUGAAAAGAAUUAUUUCAAAAAGUUUUUUACCCUAAAUACUUUGAUUUUGAAUUUGAGACUUUGCACAUAGAAAAUAACAACCUCUCAUAUGAAGCUAUUUACAUAAAUGGAAUGUAAGCCAUGGAUUUUAACUGAAUUGUGCACAUUUACAAAUCCUAAUAGAUUUCAGUCCUUGAUAAUUUUAGGGGAAAUUAAGCCAAAAGAUGAUUGUACUUAUAGUA